AUGCCAAAUCGGCAGCAACUUGAACUAGAUGAGAUUGAUCAGUUCUUUGCACAGUACACCGUGUUUCCCUACCAGAGAGAAAAGCCUGUACAUGCUGAGUUCUAUCGCAUGUGCGACAUGUUUGAAUGGCGCAGGCAGUCGAAUGGUAAAUUCCCAGUCGAGCGUGAAGAAGCUUGGGGAUUGUUUCGCAUUUCCAUCGUACAAGCCUUCAACUCAACGUUUGGGGCAGAUGCCGACAGCUUAAAAUCAUGGAAACGCAUCUGUCGCUGCAUAGGAAUAUCCCCUGUUCCGGAAAGUCUUCUUGAAGCCCGACAGGCUGUAAUACGCACCCACGUUAAUCUGGUUGAUCUGCUGGAGUCUAUGCGUGCUGGCGCGCCCGCGGAAUGCUUUGCUAGCCAAGAGGAUUUAAGAGACUAUACAAUCAGUGAGGGUAAAUUCUUCCCUAAAGAAGAGGCGUAUGAGGGUGGACUGCUUCGAUUCCUUCUCAGGGAGAUACUGCAUGAUUACGAAGGUAAUCGUAACAGAAACCACCCCAGAAAGUCGAAACGGGGAGCAAAGAAUGAUGGCGUCAAAAGAUGA